AUGGGUGGAAACAAGAAGAAGAAAGAAAUUGCCCCAUCUGUGGCCUCCAUAUUCCGCAUGCCAUCCGACCAACAGAAAACAUCAACCUCGCAAGCAGAAGAGGACUCGGGCUCCGACACAGAGAGCCUCGACACGACGACACACCCAGCGGCCCCCAUUACCAUCGGGGUACUAUGCGAAAUGCUGCAACAAGCGACUACAAAGGCCCACGUGGCCGUAGAGAUCGGGAGGCAUGCAGAACGGAUAUAG